CUGGCCGCGCGCCCGGGCAGGCCUCCCGGGAUUGCAAGCCCCCCGGACGCGGGCGAGGACUGGCGUGGCGGAGCGAGCCGGGGGAGGCGAGCCCUGCGGAGCGGCGGCCGCAGCCGGCGCCGGGAGGCGGUCACAGCCCCGGGGCGGGCGGGCAGUGGCGGCCCGCGGUUAUUUCUGGGCGCGCCCUGGUGCGCAGCGCUAGCAGCGGCUGCACGGCCCCCGCGCCCCCCGGGCCCAGUCCCGCGGCCAAAAUGCCUGCCCUGCACAUCGAAGACCUGCCCGAGAAGGAAAAGCUGAAGAUGGAAGUUGAGCAACUGCGCAAAGAAGUGAAGUUGCAGAGACAGCAGGUGUCUAAAUGUUCUGAAGAAAUAAAGAAUUACAUUGAAGAGCGCUCUGGAGAGGAUCCCCUGGUGAAGGGCAUUCCAGAAGACAAGAAUCCUUUCAAAGAAAAAGGCAGCUGUGUUAUCUCAUGAACAACUCUGGGGAGAAGCCUCAUCCUCCCUGGAGCAGCUCAUUUUCGGUUUCCCCGCAGAAAACCACCAUGCCUUUUAAGGAAGAACAAGCAAAACUUAAAGGAGACUUCCUUAAGCACCAUAGAAUAGAGUUGUGGGGGAGGGGAAGCAUGCACGCCUCUCAUCUUUGCUCACUUUGCAGAGUGGCAGAUGUAAAAUUAUGAAAUUAAGGAUGUUAUUUGUGCUUGAUUCGCCUCUUUUUUAAGUAUAUUGCUUGAUGCCUCAAAUAAAAUUUUAUCUUGGGAAAAUGAGUGUCGUUAAUUAAAAAGAGCUCUUUUCCCACACCCACAUUUUUAUUUCUUUCUGUGACUUUUCAGGUGUUAACGAUAGGUUUCCAAAAUCUUGGGUUUAGAGAUCAGGUCUCCAGCAUGACUCUCUCUGCUUCACAGAUGUGUGGUGCUGAGUUCUCACUUCUGGAAUAUGUUUGACCUGUAAUUACUAGAAAUCUGAGCAGGUAGAAUACCUGUAACAUUGACAGGAAUCAGAUGAGUAGAGCCAGGAACUGUGCCAUGCCACCUGGUUUAUCCUCUAGAUCUUGUUCAAAGUGUUCCUACAGGAGUGGCCUUGGAGAAGGGACCCGGAUGGCCAUCAGGAAGAGGCCCCGCCUCCCUGCAGUGCUGUGGCUGGGAGCUGAUAGUCCAGGCUGCUUCCUGGGGUGCUCCAGCUCCUGGCCUAGCCCUGCUCCAGUCCUGAGGUGUUGGCUCAGACACUUGGGGUUCUGCAAUCACUCCCGCCAACCUUCCCCCCCAGGCUGGAGCCAACCAGGCCUCUUCUUUUCCUCCAAAGUCCUUUAAACUCCUAGGAAUUUUAGAUGCUGAAAACACGUGCAUGGGAUUCAGUACUAGACGGCUCGUUAGGAUCUGUUGUGCCUGGCUUUGGACAUUUUUUGUUGUUGCUGUUGAUUAGCAGAAACAGAUGAUCAUGUGAUUUUUGGAGUAGGAGGAUUUAUUUUGUUGACUUUAGGAUGCUGGUUCCACUGUAGGUAUAAUUAUGCAAAGCAAAGAAUCCACGAAAGAAUUGCCAGAGAAGGAAUUAAAAAUAAGAUUUUAGAUGAAAGUGCCCACCUUGGUACUGAAAGAAAACAAACCAACAGCAACAGCAGCAGUUGAGAAAGCUUAAGCCUAGAAAAACAAAACACAACUCCCUGAAAUGAGUGUGAACAGGGAGAAAUGUUUUGUGUACAAUAAGAAAGCUUUCAGUCAAAUAAAUAAGCUAUGCUUUAGUUGUCAAGAAAAAGGAACAAUGAAUCUUGGCUCAUGAUAAAUAUUAGUUUGCCUUUUUCUCACUGAUUUGUAGGAAUUCUUCAUAGGUUAUAGCCAUUCACCCUUUGUCAGUGCUGCGUAUUGCAAAUAAAUGCCUUCUCAGUCCAAGGCUUAGCCUUUCCCAGUGACCUCAGCUUUGUGAUGCUAGCGUGUGGGUGGAGUACAACACCUGCUCAAGUCCUUUAGGAAGUUAAUUGCAGUUAACAGUUUCUCAAAGGAAGAGUCCUUUCCUUUGAGCAUUUUUUUCCCCUUUCCUGUCCUCUAGAUGCAAAGGAAAAACAAGCAAAACCCUUGCAGGUUAGCUCUAGCUCACACUAGCUUAGUCAAUAAUUUGUCCUAAAAUUUUAAAUGUGGCACCAGAACCCUCCUCAUCUGGGUCUUCUGGUUGCUGCACCUGACUCACCACACUGGGGGAAUGAAUGCCUGUGACCUACAGCAGUUCAUAAAGUACAUCUUUACCUUCAUCUGAAAUCCACUUUCCUCUCUGGAAGGAACAGGAUCUCCAAGGCUUUUGAAAAGGAGUUUACUGCAAACCCAAUGCAGGGACUAUUUCCUUCUGUUUCCUGUCACUUUCCAAAUGAUGACGUCAAACGGGGUUAUUGGGAGUCCAGGGGUAAUUUUAGCCCAAACCAUGAUCUACUCCAAGAUAAGAUUUAAAAACAGUAAUGACAUAUUUCUUUCAAGCACCCCCAAACAAUUAGUAUUUGGGGUGUUCUGUUACUACUAGCCUUUUAACAUUUAACACAGCCUGGGAUUUAGGACCUUCGUGCCUAUAAAGUUUUAUGUUAAGGGGAGGUUUCAUUUCUUUCUGUCACCAGGAAAGAGAAUUCUUGGAAAGAAGAUAUAACAAUCCAUCAGGCCAAUAUGAUGGUUGAACCAUUAAAUCAAAAAUACAUGGGGGAUGGGACAAUUAAAACCCUGAAUUCAAGGGGGAAAGAAAUAAGAUGAAACAACUGUCCUAGGGCAAAACCAAGAAUCCUUAGUCACACAGAACCCAGGACCACACCAAGUUUAAGACUCUAGAGAAUUUAGACAAUUUGAAGAAUAAGGAUUGCAUUUCAGAAAAGAAAGGAAAUCUGGAAAAGGAACACAAGUUCAUUAAAGUUAGUUGUAAGUGGGCCUGGUGUAACCAUACUGUGAUUCUCAAACUGAAUAUACAAAAGAUAUUAUUUAACAUAUGAUCCAAAACAAUGUUAUUUUAUACAAAAAUAUGUACUACUAUAUGAUACAAAUAUCUCUAUUUUCAUGCAACAAAAAUGUUCUAUUCUCUGUAAUCCUGUAAAACACAAUAUUAAAGGUUUUUAUUACAUUUAUUAAUACCUUAAACUUGCUUAAUGAAUGCAUAAAUGUACUUUAAAGUUUAAUGACACUGAAAAAAACUGUAUCUUCCUUAAAUCCAACAAUUAACUAUGUAUAAUUAAAUAGAUUUAGGUGAAA